AUGCCCAGCGGCAAGCUUUACGCCAUCGCGGAUAUACAUCUAGCCUUUACAGACAACCGAUUAGCUUGGUCCAGAUUGGCAUCCCAUCCUGGGGAUGGGCUCAUCCUUUGCGGCGACGUGGGAGAAUCCGCCGAUCACUUGCGAGUUGCUUUCUCGAAAGCGACUGCGUGCUUCGAUGCCGUGUGGUGGUGUCCUGGCAAUCAUGAGCUGUACACGAUGCGCGGUAAAGGUAGCGGCGCUCGGGGAGAGCAGAAAUAUCAAGAGUGUGUUGCUAUCGCACGGGAACACGGCGUUCUCACACCUGAUGAAGAUUUCGCCAUUUGGGAUGGAGAAGGUGGUCCAGCUGUCAUCGCCCCCAUCUUCACCUUAUACGACUAUUCCUUCAGGCCCAACAAUGUGAGCUUAGACGACGCUAUCCAGUGGGCGAGCGAAAAGGACACGGUAGCGACGGAUGAGUUUAUGCUUCAUCCGGACCCGUAUCCUACGCGGCAGGACUGGUGCCAAGCGCUGGUGCAGAGAUUUGAGAGCAAGCUGGAGGCGGCAAGGGCACAGUUCCCGUCCCUGCCCUUCGUGAUUGCAAACCAUUGGCAGCUACGCGAGGAUCUUGUUGAGCUCCCGUUGAUCCCGAGGUUUAGCUUGUGGUGCGGCACCAAAUUGACAGACCGCUGGCAUCGGAGAUUUAACGCCAAGGUGGUUAUUAGCGGUCAUAUUCACAUCCGGCGAACCGACUGGAGGGAUGGGUGUCGGUUCGAGGAAGUCAGCCUUGGGUAUCCACGGCAGUGGAAGAAGUGUGCUGAAAUGGGCAAAGGGAUAAAUGAAAUGCUGAGAGAGAUUCUACCUGGUCCAAAAGUGCCUGACACUGAAAAUGUACCGACUCAAUGGAGAGUCUAUGGGUAG